AUGGAGAACUACUCCUACAACUCUUCCUACCCGGAGUCCGGCGACUCCUCGCCACGCUCCCGCGAGAUCGAGUUCGAGAACCCGCCGCCGUGGGAGGAUUCACAGGGCGGAGGCCAGCCGCCAGCGAGCUACCGUGUCAAAUUCAUGUGCAGCUACGGCGGGAAGAUCCACCCCCGGCCGAACGACAACCAGCUCUCGUACAUUGGCGGGGAGACGAAGAUCCUUGCCGUCGAUCGGGGCAUCAAGUUCAGCGCCCUUUCCGCGAAGCUGGCGGCCUUGUGCGACGGCGAGGGAAUCUCGUUCAAGUAUCAGCUGCCCGGCGAGGAUCUGGACGCACUGAUCUCGGUGACCAACGACGACGAUCUCGAGCACAUGAUGCACGAGUACGAGCGGCAGUGGAGAGCGUCACCCAAGCCGGCGAGGCUGAGGAUCUUCAUCUUCCAGGCAACGAGCCUGAGCCUGAGCUCGUCCGCUCGGAGCUUUGGGUCGGACGAGGUGAAAUCGGAGAAGGAUAGGUUCGUCGAGGCUUUAAAUUCUGCGCCGAUUGCGGCCGCGCCGCCGCCGUCGGCGCCCUCCGUGGCGGCUCAGACGCCGCCGGAUGACGUGGAUUUCCUGUUUGGUUUGGAGAAGGCGAACGCGGUGGCAGGGCAGCAGGCGGUGGGUAGAGUUGCUGAGGUGGAGGAUCCGGUUGUCGUUCCACGUAUGGGUGAGCGGUUUGCCGGGUUGGAUCCGAUUCAGAAGCACAUCCAGGAUCUGCAGAGGCUGAGGCUCGAGGAGCAACAGGGGAUCCUCGGAAGGAAAAACGAGGAUAAUCUGGUCGGGGUGCCCGCCGGAGAUGAGUACCAUAGGCCGCCGGAGAUAAUCCCUCAGGUGGCGGUUUACGGCGGGGUUCCCUACUGGACGGACAACCAGGUGCCGGGCGGAUUCUUCGCGGCGACCACCGUCAACAACGAGCAGCCGGUGUACAUGAUUCCACCUCCAUCGAAUGCGUACCAGGCGCCGCCGGUGAUGGCGCCGGUGACUGGACCGCCGGCUCAGGGAUACUACGCCGUUCAGAGGACGCCGCCGGAGUUCUACCGCGACCAGCAGCAGCAGAUGUACAACAUGGUUCCACAGGCGGCGGCGCCACCACCGCCGCCGCCACAAAGGGCAGCGGGAUACUCCGAGGGUUUCGGGAUGGUGACGCAAGCGGGGUACGCGCAGAUGGCGUACGAUGGCAGUAUGGGGAGACAGGUGUUGUACGCCGCGCCAGGGGGUGUGAUAGGGGCUUCGCCGGCGCCGGUGCCGGUGGGUGGAGUGGGCGUGGAUAUGCAUAUGCGACAAGGUGGGGGCAUGUGUCCGGAAACUGCGGGUAAGGGUGUGGCAAAAGUUACGCAGGCUUCCGUCUAA